AUGGGUGUGUUGAGUAGUGUCCAGCAGCUUGACGAAAGUUCUGUCAAGCUCUGGAAUAGCUUGCCAAAGGAGAAAAUGGGAGGAUAUGGAGGAAUAAGGCUCGAAAUUGUAAAGGUUUCAGGGGUGAAAGAUGAAGUUUGCUAUCUGAAUGUGGUGUUGUUUGACCAUAGCGGAUGGGUCAUAGACUCUUUGGGGUUCCAAGGUUUUUGUGAGGCUGGACCUUCCCAUGGGGAUGAGGCGCCACCUGCUUUUCUUCUUGGUUUCCCCAUUAGAGCUCGCAGAGGAAAGGAGAAUGGAUAG